UGCAUUGCAGCGCAGUGUACUUUGUGGUAAUUCGCACGCCUCCGUUCUUUCUUUCGACCGUUGGAGUCGCUGGAACUUUAUAUUCGCUUUUUUUUUAUACGAUAAUUACCUACCUAGUCUAUCGAUACUCUUAAUCCUGCGUCUAUCGCACAGAUAGCUAGCAAGCGCCGCAACUUGCAAACCACCUGCACAAGGCAGACCACUAAAAACUUGCAAUCAUGGAUUCCCACCGUCGAUCUCCCCCGGGCGAGUCCUGGUUUGCGCCGCUCUCGAUCGACCUCGUCCUCAAGGUGCUCUAUGUGACCUUUUUCCACCCCUUCGUAGCCUGGAUUGUGGUGCUGUGCUUCCGCGCCCAGCACAUGGAGUACGAUGCCAUGCCCAUGCGUGUCACCAUGGCCUACGCUAGCUUCGUCACCGUGUGCUGGACCUUGGCUUCAGUCAACCGCCGCCUCGCCUUUGGCAGGCCCCGCGAGGUCGACCUGGACGAGGAGGUCAUUGUCAUCACCGGCGGCGCCAGCGGCCUGGGCCUGCUCGUCGCCGAGGUUUACGGCAUGCGUGGCGCGAACGUCGCCGUCCUCGACGUCAAGGACAUGGAGAAUGGAGAGUCGCGCGGCGUGAACCACUACAAGUGCGAUGUGACGGACAAGGCUGCUCUCAAAAAGGUGGCGGCGCAGAUUGAAGAGGAACUUGGUACUCCUACCGUCUUGAUCAACAACGCAGCCAUCGUCAACGGCAAGCCCCUCCUUGAGAUGGAAAUGGAAGAUAUCGAGCGGAGCCUCUCGACCAACCUCGUCGCCCAUUUCUACACCCUCAAGACCUUCCUUCCGGCCAUCAUCCGUGGCGGCAAGGGAGGAACCAUUGUGACAAUCUCGUCCGUCAUCGGCCAACUUGGCUGUUCGCGCCUCACCGACUACGCCGCCGCCAAGGGUGGUGUGAUCGCCCUGCAUAAGUCCCUGACGGCCGAGCUGAAGCAGUUGCACCCGGACAUCCGGACGGUCCUGGUCACCCCCGGCCAGCUCAGCACGCCACUCUUCUACGGCGUCAAGACCCCCAACAGCAUCAUCGCCCCCGUGGUGGAGCCCGUCGAGGUCGCCAAGGAGAUCAUCAACGCCAUCGACAACGGGAAUGCCGACCACAUCGGCAUGCCAUUCUACGCGCGCUGGUGCGACUGGUACAAUGUGCUGCCGGUCAGCCUGCAGCUCCUUGCUCGCAAGAUCGCGGGCAUCGACAAGGCGAUGGAGACCUUUGUCGGUCGACAAGGCGCGAAUAAGGAGGUUUUGCUCGAGGGCUUAUGAUUUGCAGAUUUUUCACCAUAAAACUGAACGCAAUUUUUUUUUUCUAUUGCGUGUUUAGUUUUUGUAUUGCCUUGCAUGCAUCUGUACAACCUGCAUUAGACCGAG